GCAGCUUUCUUCCUGGCUUGUGUGUGUGUGUGUGUGUGUGUGUGGGUGGGUGUUUGUCCUUUUAAUUUAGGAUGCUGUUCAGCAGGCGCUUGGAAAAAAGUUUAACUUCAUUUUCGUGAAAAAAAACUUUUUUUUUUUUUUUUUGCAAAGUUCUCCAAACUUUUUUUUGUUUAAACAAGUGCUCCGGACUUUCCGGCCGGGCUGGAAGGGAGCUGGAGAAAAUGCAAGGGAGGGUGAACCGACUUUUUAAGAAGGAACUUGUGGUGGACCCUGGAUUGAAAUAUAAAGGUGCACCGUGCGAGUCUGAAGCAGAUGUUGGUGAGGUGUCACACACCGAAGCUGCUGGCAAAAAGCUGGAUGCUAAACCAAAGGACAUCGAACCAAUAGACUACGAGAAUGUCUUUUUACAGAAGAAAGCACAAAUUAUCAGCGAUCCUUUGCGGGACAUGCUGCUUUUUCCGAAUGAAGAUUUCCAGAUUGGGACGCUGAAACGCCAUGGAAGGACAUUUCUCCCCACAGUGCCCGAUAACGCGAGGAAAGAAGCUCACAGUUUGCUGGUUACAGAAUGCAUCAAGACCUACAACUCGGAUUGGCAUCUCGUUCACUACAAGUAUGAAGAUUACUCAGGAGACUUCAGGCAACUGCCAAACAAAGCACCCAGACCAGAGAAGCUUCCAGUCCACGUUUUUGAAGUUGAUGAAGAUGUUGACAAAGAUGAGGAUACAGCUUCUCUGGGCUCACAGAAGGGAGGGAUCACUAAACAAGGAUGGCUGUACAAGGGCAAUAUGAACAAUGCGAUCAGCGUGACCAUGAGGUCAUUCAAGAGGCGGUUUUUCCACCUGACGCAGCUUGGAGAUGGUUCGUACAUUCUUAAUUUCUACAAAGAUGAGAAAGUCUCAAAGGAACCAAAGGGUUCGAUCUUUCUCGACUCAUGCAUGGGAGUGGUCCAGAAUAACAGAAUUCGUCGGUUUGCCUUUGAACUGAAGAUGCAGGACAAGAGCAGUUACCUGUUGGCAGCCGACAGCGACCAAGAGAUGGAUGAGUGGAUUGGGUCCCUUAAUAAAAUCCUCCAGAGCACGUUUGAAGCUGCCAUGCAAGAGAAGAGAAAUGGCGAGUCGCUGGAGAUUUCAGAUGAUGAGUUGUCUGGUCAAUGGAGGUCGGAACAUGUAGCAAGCUGGGAAAGUCUCCAUCCUGAAAUUACAAAGAGUGCAAGAGAAAUAGAAGCUAAAAAGAACGAAGGGAGGUUAAAGCUUUUUGUUUUGGACGCAGAUACACAGAAACUUGACUUCUCGAGUAUUGAACCAGACGUGAAGCCGUUUGAGGAGAAAUUUGGAAAACGGUUUCUGGUGAAAUGUCACGAUUUGUCCUUCAACCUGCAAAGCUGUGUGGCUGAAAAUGAAGAGGGGCCCACAACUAACGUGGAGCCUUUCUUUGUCACUCUGGCGCUAUUUGAUAUAAAAAAUAAUCGAAAGAUCUCAGCUGACUUCCACGUUGACCUCAAUCACCCGACGGUCCGACACAUGUUCUCAAACUCGGCAUCCAUCAUGAAUGGUGGCGAUGGCUUAACCACUUCCCAGAAAUACGUCAAUGGCAUCCCCGAGGGUAUGCUGCAGCAUCCCAAACAGGGUAUUUUCUCUGUCACGUGUCCUCAUCAAGAUAUAUUUCUUGUAGCUCGUGUGGAGAAGGUUCUACAAGGGGGCAUCACCCAGUGUGCCGAGCCCUACAUGAAAAGCUCGGAUUCAGCUAAGGUUGCACAGAAAGUAUUGAAGAAUGCCAAACAAGCCUGUGCAAGACUUGGACAGUACAGAAUGCCUUUUGCCUGGGCUGCAAGACCCGUCUUCAAAGAUAGUCAAGGAACUCUUGACAAAAGUGCUCGAUUCUCAGCACUUUACAGACAAGAUAGCAAUAAACUCUCCGAUGAAGACUUGUUAAAAUUGUUGCUGGACUUUAGGAAACCAGAAAAGAUGUCUAAACUUCCUGUCAUUUUGGGGAACUUGGAUAUCAACAUCGACAAUGUGGCUUCAGAUUUUCUGAGUUGUGUUAGCUCCUCGUAUAUUCCAGUGAAACGUUUUGAAAAUGGUAACAAGGUCACAGUUACUCAUGAAGUGGAGGAAUUUGUUCCCUGUAUAGCAAAAUUAUCUCAGCCUUUCACCACCUAUAACAAUCAUUUCUAUAUUUAUCCCAAACAUCUGAAGUAUGACAGUCAAAAAUCAUUUGCAAAAGCGAGGAAUAUUGCAGUCCGCAUCGAGUUCAGGGACGGUGAUGAGGAAGAUUCACAACCUCUGAAGUGUAUCUAUGGGCGACCCGGGGGCCCUGUCUUUACGAAAUAUGCAUUCACAAUGGUAUUACACCAUCAUCAAAAUCCAGAGUUCUAUGAUGAGGUUAAGGUGGAGCUGCCAACCCAGCUUCAUGAGAAGCACCACUUGUUGUUCACCUUCUACCACGUCAGUUGUGACAACUCGAGCAAAGGCACCACCAAGAAGCGGGAGACCAUCGAAUCCCAAGUCGGUUACGCCUGGCUUCCAUUGCUGAAAGACGGCCGGGUUGUGACCAGUGAGAAUCAGAUACCAGUUUCGGCUAACCUUCCCUUGGGCUAUCUCAGUUACCAGGAACUGGGAAUGGGAAAGCAUUUGGGUCCUGAAAUCAAGUGGGUCGACGGAGCCAAACAUAUCUUCAAAGUCUCGACGCACCUUGUGUCUACUGUCUAUACUCAGGACCAACACUUGAACAAUUUCUUUCAGUAUUGUCAGAAGUGUGACUCAGGAGCCCAGGCCUCGGGAACGGAACUUGUCAAAUUCCUCAAGAGCCUGCAUGCAAUGGAAAGCCACGUGAUGAUCAAUUUCCUGCCCACAAUCCUGAACCAAUUGUUCCGUGUGCUUGCAAGGACCACACAAGAGGAUGUUGCCAUUAAUGUUACAAGGGUUCUUGUGCACAUUGUCUCACAGUGUCAUGAAGGCCUGGAACACUACCUGAGGUCCUACAUAAAGUUUGUCUUCAAAACAGAGCCUUGCAAUUCCUCCAAAUGCAAGACUGUCCACGAGGAGCUGGCCAAAUCCAUGACUGUUCUGCUCAAGACAACAGCUGACUUUCUCACCUGCAACAAACUGCUGAAGUAUUCUUGGUUUUUCCUGGAGGCAUUGAUCAAGUCAAUGGCCCAGCAUCUUAUAGAAACCAGCAAACUGAAGUUAUUCCGGAAUCAGCGUUUCCCUGCCUCUUACCAGCACACGGUGGAGACUCUUGUCAACCUGCUGAUGCCGCACAUCACACAGAAGUACAAAGACAAGCCGGAGGAGGCUCGGAAUGCGAAUCACAGCCUCGCUGUCUUCAUUAAGAGAUGCUUCUCGCUGAUGGACAGAGGGUUUGUCUUCAAGCAAAUUAACAAUUACAUGAAGUGGUUCAGUCCAGGAAACCCAAAGACACUGUUUGAGCUGAAGUUUGAAUUUCUGCGGGUUAUCUGCAACCACGAACAUUACAUUCCGCUAAACCUGCCCAUGCCGUUUGGAAAAGGCAGAGUUCAGAGAUAUCAAGACUUGCAGCUUGAUUUUACACUGACCGAUGACUUCUGCAAGAACCAUUUCUUGGUGGGGUUGUUGCUCAGGGAGGUUGGCAGCGCGUUGCAGGAGUACAGAGAUGUGCGUCAGAUUGCGAUCAGCGUGUUAAAGAGUUUGAUGAUUAAACACACCUUCGACGAUCGAUACACAGCCAAGAGUCAGCAGGCCAGAAUUGCCACUUUGUACUUCCCUCUCUUUGGCCUCCUGCUUGAAAAUGUGCAGCGCAUCAACGUGAAGGACUGCUCCCCAUUCCCUAUGAACCAGUCCAGCAACAGUGGAAAAGAAGAUUCAUCGUUCAGCUUACAAACAGGCGGUGCCAUGCUGACUCCUCAGAAACCAGGAAGCACACUGGAUAACAGUAUCCACAAGGAUGUGUUUGGUGUUAUUUCUGGAACAGCUUCUCCUCAUGGAUCCUCUACCCCGACCAUCAGUGCAGUGAGGCACGCAGACUCCAGAGGCUCUCUGAUCAGCACCGAUUCAGCCACCAGCCUACCAGAACGGAAUGCUGAGAAGAGUAACUCCCUUGAUAAGAACCAUGGCUGUAUCGGGGGCUCUGUGAUGCGAUGUGACAAACUAGAACAGACUGAGAUACGCAGCCUCCUCAUGUGCUUCCUACACGUACUGAAGAGCAUGUCCGAUGAUGCGUUGAUUACUUACUGGAACAAGGCUUCUACCCCUGAAUUGAUGGACUUCUUUACCAUCUUAGAAGUCUGUCUUCAUCAGUUCAGAUACAUGGGGAAACGAUACAUAGCAAGGAACCAAGAGGGGUUAGGACCCAUCAGUAUUGCACAUGAAAAGAAAGCUCAAACGUUGCCUGUUUCUCGCAGUAGAACAGGAAUGAUGCAUGCCAGAUUGCAACAACUCAGCAGCUUGGAUAACUCUUGCACUUUUAACCACAGCUAUGCCCAUUCUGAUGCUGAUGUUCUUCAUCAGUCCCUCAUCGAGGCCAACAUUGCAACAGAAGUGUGUCUCACUGUUUUGGAUAUGAUGGCUUUGUUCACUCAUGUUUUUAAGGGUCAGCUGCUCACCGACAACGGACAUAACCCACUGAUGAAGAAAGUUUUCAAUGUUCUCCUCUGCUUUGUCCAAAUAAAUCAGUCGGAAAUGGCCCUCAAGUACGUUUUUGCAGCCCUGAGAAACCUUGUCUAUAAGUUUCCAUCCACAUUCUUUGAAGGCCGAGCUGAUAUGUGCGCCACAAUGUGCUACGAAAUUUUGAAGUGCUGUAACUCUAAAUUGAGCACAAUCCGGGGUGAUGCAUCCACGCUGCUUUACUUCUUAAUGAAGAACAACUUUGAGUGGACACGGAGAAAAUCCUUUGUGAGAACUCAUCUACAGGUGAUCAUCGCAGUGAGUCAGUUAAUAGCGGAUGUGGUUGGAAUUGGAGGGACCAGAUUCCAGCAGUCACUGGCUAUUAUUAACAAUUGUGCCAAUUGCGACAGAGCUGUAAAGGCCACAGGAUUCCCUUCUGAGGUGAAAGAUUUGACAAAGCGUAUUCGCACGGUGCUCAUGGCGACUGCUCAAAUGAAAGAGCAUGAGAAUGAUCCGGAAAUGCUUGUGGAUCUCCAGUAUAGUUUGGCAAAGUCCUAUGCUAGCACACCGGAACUGAGGAAAACCUGGCUGGACAGCAUGGCCAAAAUCCACGUCAAGAAUGGAGAUCUAUCCGAGGCAGCCAUGUGCUACAUUCAUGUAGCUGCACUUGUUGCUGAAUAUCUUAAGAGGAAAGGUAUUUUUAAACAAGGCUGCAGUGCUUUCAAGAUGAUCACACCCAACAUCGAUGAGGAGGCAGCAAUGAUGGAGGAUGUAGGAAUGCAAGACGUCCACUAUAAUGAAGACGUGCUGAUGGAAUUGUUGGAACAAUGUGCGGAUGGACUUUGGAAGGCUGAACGCUAUGAGCUGAUUUCUAAUGUCUACAAGCUAAUUAUUCCGGUUUAUGAGAAAAGGCGUGAAUUUGAGAAACUUGCCCAUCUCUACGAAACUCUUCAUCAAGCUUACAAAAAAAUCGCUGAAGUUAUCCACACAGGAAAACGACUGCUGGGCACCUACUUUCGGGUUGCCUUUUUUGGGCAGGGGUUCUUUGAGGACGAGGACGGCAAGGAAUACAUUUACAAAGAGCCAAAACUGACCCAGCUGUCUGAGAUCUCCCAGCGACUUCUGAAACUUUACUCGGACAAGUUUGGCUCAGAGAACGUGAGGAUGAUUUACGAUGAUGGGAAGGUCAACCCAAAAGACUUGGACUCGAAAUAUGCCUACAUCCAAGUGACAUAUGUGACGCCAUAUCUCGACGAGAAGGAGUUGCUGGACAGGAAAACAGAUUUCGAGAAAAGCCACAAUAUUCAGCGGUUUGUAUUUGAGAUGCCGUUCACCAUUUCUGGAAAGAAGCAAGGAGGAGUUGAGCAACAGUGCAAGAGGAGAACAAUUCUAACAACUACACACUGCUUUCCCUAUGUGAAGAAACGCAUUCCUGUCAUGUACCAACAACAUAUUGACCUGAACCCAAUUGAGGUAGCAAUCGAUGAAAUGGGCAAUAAAGUGACAGAACUGCAAACAUUGUGCUCCUCCUCAGAUGUUGAUAUGAUCAAGUUGCAGCUGAAACUCCAAGGCAGCGUCAUUGUACAGGUGAAUGCAGGCCCAUUAGCGUACGCUCGGGCAUUCCUUGAAGAAACUAAUGUGAAAAAGUACCCAGAUAAUAAAUUGAAACAACUGAAGGGAGUGUUCAGGCAAUUUGUUGACGCUUGUGGGCAAGCCUUGAUUGUAAACGAGCGUUUGAUCAAGGAAGAUCAGAUUGAAUAUCAAGAGGAAAUGAAGGCAAACUAUAGAGAAAUGGUUCGCGAGCUGUCCAAAAUCAUGCAGGAGCAGAUGUCACCAGAGGAUGACGGAAUGAAGAUCAAUCUCCUGCCUAACUCGUAUCACAUCUUCAAUGCAAUCAGCGGAACUCCAACUGGGACGACUGUUCAGGGAAUUUCCAAUUCCUCCUCCAUGGUUUAAAAGUUCACAAGCAGAACGUUUUUCAUCGGCAUAUCAAAUCAUUCCUGCAUGUAUUCACUCAGGACACUUUGAAAACCCUUAAAAAUGGGAUGCGGGAAGAGUUCGGACUAAGUCGUGACACCCAAGAUAAUGAAGCCAGCUAGGUCAUGGAGCCAAAGGAAAUCAUGUUUGCACAUUUUAAGCUCUGCUUCGGAGAAUGCAUUUGAAUUUUACCAGUUCUCUGAGAAGCUUUGCUAGUCUGCAUUUUAUUGUACAGUUUUUAGAAUUCAGUGUUGGAAUUGGGUCCAUGGCUUUGCUAUAAGAACCUAUCUUAAAAAUAUAGACUUUGUAUGUUUAAUAUAUUGGAAAACAGGGAAAUAAUGUUACCAUCAAUAUUUUUGCUGUUGGUUUACACUUUACCUGUACAUAAUUAUUAUAAAGAUGUUAAAAUGAGGGGUGGCAUAAGGAAGAUAUAUUUCAGAUAGGAUAUAUAUCAAGCGCAACAAAGCAGCAACAUUUGAAAUUAUAGUUUCCAUUUAUUAAAAAAAAAGAAAUGGUUGAGUAUUAUAGAUUCUAUGCUGGUUUACAUGGGUUUAUAUAAAAAAAAGGACAGAAUUUUGCGGUUGCAAUACCCUCGGAUUCAAAUUCAAACUGUCUUGUGAAAAUACUUAUGCAUGUAGCUUUGUCAUUUUUCACUGCUGGAUUUAGCCCUGGUGGUGAUGCUGGUAUUCUGUCACAGUGCAUUAGUGAGCCUGAAUGUAAGAUGCAUUUGUAAUUAUUCAACUGUACAGUAAUUAUCUGUGCUCGGUUCGUCUGAUCACCAAGUGCGUGUAGCUUGCUGUACGCAUUCAAGUUUGUAGUACAGUAUUUUCAUGACGUGCUAUGUUGAAUAAUGUAGAAAUUUCACCAGAGACCAGCUUUAUAGCUUUGCCUUCAAUAAAAACAAGAAAGCGUUGGUGAGGGAAUGUGGGACUGGGAUACCUUUACCUUCUCCCGCAACACGUACAGUAUAUUUUACAAAUGUGCUUUGUUUAUAUUCCUGUACAUAAUUGAGUGCAAUAUUGAUCAUUAUGCAUUAUCCCAGAUGUAUACAGUCUUUGUCACAUUUUGAUUUAUAGAAUGUUACAUAGCGAGCGUCCUUUUUUUUUGCCAAAGUGACAGGAUAUUAUCAGCAAUCACUUAUCAUGUUUUCUUUGGAGGGGGGGGGGGAGCCUUUAACUUAAAUCAUUUUCCCAUUGGAUUUGUUUUGAAAAGCUUAAUGAGAUUUUAUAUUUUGGGGGAAAGUCAAAGUUUUUAAUAUUAUUUAAACUGGAACUGUUGUCCUGCUGUAUGUAAAUUUAAAUUUGUUCUCUUGUACAACUGUAAUAAGUUCAGCUCAUUUGUUUUUCUGCCGUUUCGUUUUGUAUAUGUGUGACCUCAGGCCUGUCCGAUAAAAGCAGGUUCCGAAGUUUCUUUAA